AUGCUUAUUCGGAUAAUCACUUUGACUAUUCUACUGAAUAUUGUUUUUUCGCAAAUCACCGAUGGCGAUAAAACGUUGAUAUUAGUUCAGUCGGUUUGGCGACAUGGUGACCGAAAUCCGACCGAUCCCUAUCCGGGUGAUGCUUACGAUAAAACUUUCUGGGAUGCAAGAGGUGGAUAUGGAGAGUUGACAACGAGGGGUAUGGCAAUGCAUGUGAAGCUCGGAGCGAAAAUCAAAAAACGAUACAACCAACAUUUGCCUCAAUACUACAAUGCGGCUGAGAUUUAUGUCCGAUCGACGGAUGUGAAUCGAACGAUCAUUUCGGCAAUGUCGAACAUGAUUGGCAUGUACGCCCAAGGUGACAGCGAUCGAGUGAACAGAGAUUAUCCCGAUUUCACUGGCACGCCGUAUAAAUGGCCAUCAAAUUUCGUCCCGAUAGCCGUUCACACCGUCGACGACAACACUGAUCAUUUGGGUAACGCGAACGCGUAUUGCCCUCGACAGGACGCCCUUUGGAAGUACUGUUAUCAGAAUUGUCCCGAAGUGAAAAAGAUCAUCGAUGACCCCGCUACCCAAAAUCUGAUCGCGUACAUCAAUCAAAGCAUCGGGAUCACUUAUCGAGUGGAUGAGUUGUGGAAAUUGCAUGAUGUCACUUUUAUUGAGAACGAUAACAACUUGAAGAUGCCAACGUGGUGGAGUCAAAGUUUCCAGGAUAACUUGACUGAUAUCAAUGAUCGGGUUGAGGAUUUACAGGAUGGAUUGAACCUCCAAGCGCUGAAUGGGAUCAAUUUCGCUGUUGAGCUACCGAAAUUGAGAGCCGGCGCGCUGACGAAUGAUAUGAGAAUGCAUAUGGACAUCAAGCUUUCAUGCGCCGGGAAGACAACUCGAAACUGCAGCUGGAUAAACGGCUUAAAGUAUUACGCGUACUCGGCGCACGAUGAGACGAUCGCCUCAUUCUUGGCGACUCUUGGAGCGAAAGAUGAUGUCGUUCCCCAUGGAUAUCCAUUGUACAGUUCAGCGGCUGUGGUCGAAUUGUGGCAAGAUAAGCAAGGGAAAGCCUAUUUUAAGGUUUUCUACCAUCAAGGCGAUGGGGAUCUGUACGAUUUCGAUGAGAUCACAAAAUAUGUGACAGGCUGUGAUCGAUCAAUGAACUCACAGUACUGUAGCCUGGAUGUCUUCGAGAAACGAGCCGAUCUGUACAAUCCGGGUGAUGCUGCGAAGCUUUGCCAAGAUCUAUCAAUCUUGGAUUUUCUGUCAUCAUCGGCAAACCCUACAAAUCCAUCAACGACACCGAAAGUUUCGCGAGGAUAUUUUGAUCUCUUUUCAAUCACAUUCACGCUUCUUAUGGCCUUGAUUCGA